GUUUACCAUGAGUUUUCUGUGGGAUCUUGCUGAAAGUGGUUGGACCCGGUUGGUAUUUUCUAUGGGUAUCUCUGGUCAGCUCGAAAACCAGUUAGGUAUGGUUGGUUUGAAUUGUAAUUUGAUUUCAAUCUCUAUCUACUGCUGCGCACCUAAAGAACAUCAUUAGGAGGAAAAAUUCAAAAACAAACAGAUGGCCCCUCCUCUCAUUAUUGCUACCGGCGAUGGAGGGUUGCCACCGUAAAGUUCAACAUCCGAUUCCGACAGCUUGGAUUUUUCUUUUCUUUCUUUUUCACCACCCUUUUCCUCCAAGUCAUUCCACUCGCCAACCAAAAAAGUCUUUACCGACAACCCCAAAAAAAAAAAAAAAAAGUAGCUAAGCGAGUUUUUGCUUCCCAUUCGUGAGCUGUAAAAUUCUGACACACACACACACACUCUCUCUCACAGGCAGUGCUUUUUUCUGGAAAACCCUUUUAGCCUCUGCAAUAAUUUCAGAGGAAAGGGGGAAGAUUCAGAGCUGAGGAGGAUGGCGACGUUUGGAGGGACGACGGAGAAGUGUAAGGCUUGCGAGAAGACGGUGUACUUGGUGGAUCAGCUUGCCGCCGACAAUAAAGUCUAUCACAAAGCUUGCUUCCGCUGCCACCAUUGCAAAGGCACCCUCAAGCUGAGUAACUAUUCCUCCUUUGAGGGUGUCUUGUAUUGCAAGCCACACUUCGAUCAGCUAUUCAAGAUGACUGGCAGUUUGGAUAAAAGCUUCGAAGGGACUCCAAAAACUGUUAGAGUGGAACGCUCUGCUCAUCAGAGCAGCAGCAAAAUCUCAAGUAUGUUUGCUGGUACACAAGACAAGUGUGUCGCUUGCAAGAAAACUGUUUAUCCGCUUGAAAAGGUGGCAGUAGAUGGCACAUCAUAUCACAAGGCGUGCUUCAGGUGCACCCAUGGCGGCUGUGUAAUCAGUCCUUCAAACUAUGUGGCCCACGAGCAGCGCCUCUAUUGCAGACACCACCACACCCAGCUCUUCAAGGAGAAGGGCAACUUCAGCCAACUUAGCAAGCAUGAUAAUGGCAAACCGCUGGCUGCAACAGAUUCAGCUGCAGCAUCUGAAUGAUAGAUACUGUAAAGUUUUUAUCGUUGCCCAAAAACAAGUCUCAAAUGUCUGGUUUGCCUUUGGAAUCCAUACCGGACAAGAAGGGCGAAAAGUGAGGAUGAACAGAAGUGUUGAAACUCGGUAAUGCAGAAGAGUUCUUUUAAUGGUGAUAUGCAGAAUAUGUUUAUUUCCCUGUUUGUCUGCAGGAUCUUGUUUUCUGAGUGUGAGGUGUUUCUGUGACUGUAUGGAUAGACCAUUGGUUUAUCCAGAAAGGUUUUUGGUUAUUUGAUUAUCAAAAAAUUCGGUCUGCUGCCAACUUUUUUGGUCUUCCUUGUCAAGUGUUGUGCUAAAAAUGAUGUUUGCUGCCAGCCACGACCAUGAUGUUUUUAUUGUUGUGCAUUAGCAGUCAGAUCGCAUACUUGAAUUAUCGCAUCUGAGUUCUCUGAGUGCUGACUUAUAGAUCCGUCGAGGGAGGGAGGGAGUUUUCGCUUCGCACCAGCUCUGAACCCAAAAGCUUUAGCUUCCAUUGUACUUGCCUCGCCAACUCCUCAUGCCUUGGAAUUGGAGCAAACCAACAAGAAACCCUAGGCUGGAACACCUGAAGGUGACAGACAUCAUGCCCCCCUUCUAGUUUAGAGAAGAAACUCUAGCUCUUCCCUUCUCAAAUCGCAACGCAACAAAGCACUCAUACUAACACGAGGAACCGGAAUGAAGAAGACGAUCUCUGGCUGAUCUGGAUGCAGAAAAGGUAGAUAACAGCCAUGAACUUCAUAGUUACAGCACUUGUAUGACUUGUGAGAGGGAAAUAGACCACUUUGGUUUCGCAAGGAAUGCAGAAAGUAUCGACGGACGUGGGAGGCACAUCGAGGCGGAAAGGAUUGAACACGGCCAGCGAUCUCCUGGUAGGCCACCCGUAGUCGUACGCUUCGUCUGAGAUACUUCCAGAACAACUCCCCGUUGCAGGAAACUAAACUUUUUCGCUUCGAUUCUAGCGUGACGAUCACAGACGAGAGCAUCCUUGGUCCAUUCUCCAGAACUCAGUAACAGAACACGUCUAGCUUUAUGGCGUUGUUUGGUUUUACGAACUUGAUGGGAAAACUAGUAUGAAAAAGCCUAAAUCACUCGAAUCUUCACAUUUCGUAACACUUGUCUAUGUGAUUAACUAGUACAUGGUUAGAGAUAUCAUACUAUCGGUGAUAUCGUAACUCGAGACAAUUCCAUCGCUACUAAUAAUCUUUGAGCACACUU